GGCGCCUUGUGUCAGGAACCUAUCCCACCUGGUUCUCCCCCCGGUCAAAGAGUGAUCAUUCGAGAGUAGAGCGUGGAGUUGAGAACACUGAUGCCUUUCGACAAAAGAAAGAGAGCACUGAUGCGAAGGGUCUGUUAUCCCAUUCGGAACAGUAAGAAAGGCUAACUGAACGUGGCAAAGAGAACACAGAUUGUAAUCGUUUAUAACAAAAGAAAAGGAAUUGCAGGAGAGGAUGCGGAAGGUGACAUUGUUUUUGUGCUGCGUUUGGGCGUUGAGUCUUCUCUACGGUGAAAUGUUUGCAUUUUGGGUGGCCCCUUUGUGGUCUUGUUCUUGGCCUCAGCUCCCCCAAUCUUUCUCCUCUAAGAUCAUGAGUGAAGUUUCAUUUCAAGAUAACCAUGUGAAGAUUGCUGUUCUUGCAGAUCCCCAACUUAUGGACAGGACUUCCCUUGGUCUUCCUCCCAAAUCACUUGCUUUGGAGAUUGCACAGUUUUACACAGAUUUGUACAUGCGAAGGUCAUUUCUUGCAUCUAUUUUGCCUCUCAAACCCAACCUGAUUCUCUUCCUGGGUGAUUAUUUUGAUGGUGGGCAUCUCUUGUCAGAUGAAGAGUGGCAGGAAUCAUUGAGUCGCUUCAAACACAUCUUCAAUCUGAACCGUCAUAGGAGAAAUUUAAAUGUCCCAGCAUAUUACAUUUCUGGGAACCAUGAUAUUGGUUACACAGGUUUCCACUCUCAUCAUCCAGAGGUUAUCAACCGCUAUGAAAAAGAAUUUGGUGAAAGAAACUACCGUUUUACUGCAGGAAAAGUUGAUUUCAUAUCUGUUGAUGCUCAAACUCUUGAUGGGGCUCCACAAGGAAAACUUACUUCAACAUCAUGGAAUUUUAUAAGAAAUAUAUCCAUGGAUAUUAGGCCAUAUCCGAAGGUUUUGUUGACACAUAUCCCUUUGUAUCGAUCUGAUUGGACUCCAUGUGGCAUUCACCGUUCUUCCCCAAUUAUUAACCAGAGGGUUUCACGAGCUGCUAAUGGUCAAGAAAUAAUGUAUCAAAAUUAUCUCAGUAAGGAAACAUCAACGCUUUUACUGGACUUUAUCAGACCUGCACUUGUAUUGUCUGGUCAUGACCAUGAUCAGUGCAUGGUGAACCACCUAGGAAAAUAUGGAACCAUAACAGAGCAUACCGUAGGGACCUUGAGUUGGCAGCAGGGAAACUUGUAUCCAUCAUUCAUGCUACUGUCAGCAAGUAUGGUGUUCUCAAACACAACCAAUCCUGAAGAUGCCCUGUCAACACAGCUUUGCUUUCUUCCUAUGCAAACACACAUUUACAUAUGGUACCUGUCUAUAUUCUUUGUAACCUUGAUCGCGGUCCUCUUUUGGCCAACAAAUGAUUUGGACUUAUGGCAUCAUUGCAAUCACUUAAUGGGAUCCAUCAGAAGAGCAUUAACUCUUAACCUUUUAAAAAGUCGAGCUAAAGAGAAGAAUGAAGAUGAAAGCUGUGACUAUGAGAUGAUUUGGGAUGCUGAGGGAUCAAUGCAUCUUGUCAAGAAAGUUUUGAAGAUCCAACCUGGAAGCUCAAAUGAUUCUGGAAUAGUGGGAAGGGGUAAUGCUGUAGUGAGGUCUACAGCAAAGAAACAGAUCUCUCAUGAGACAGAUGCAUCUUGUAGUGUAGAUUUAAAUUCUGAUAUUAGGCUGGAUGCCAUCUGUAAAUUACCACCCAGAUUAAACAAGCCAAGGACAAAGGUGGUGACUGUACGACUAUUCCAAGCAUUCCAAAUGCUUAUGGUCAUUGCUGCUGUAAAUAUCCCUCUUUACAUGAUGUUGCUGUUUAAGGAUUGGAUUGAUUUGUGAUGUUGGAAACUUAGGGGUAAUAAUUAAGUUGGGUUUGCAUUUCUCCCUUGCUUAGUCAAUAAACUGGAAUGGCUAUGGGUCUGUAGAGUAACAUCAGACAGGAUGUUAUAGAAGUUGGGAAUUGAGGAUACAAGGCACUGUAAGUUAAAUUGUUAUUGUUGGUUGUGGAUGGUUACCAUGCAAUCAUCAAGGUGCAGUUACUUGACACUGCACAUUAUUACAUGGUUUAAGAAAGACAGUGUAUAUUGAACUGUUAUUUGAAACUUCAAAUAAUUAUUAACUCUA